CAGGACCUGCUCGGCAUCCUGUCACGCCCUCUCCGGUCAUGUGACCAGUGGUCUUGUCAGCCAAUCGCAGCGUACCAUCUGUAAAAGCAUGGCGUCCGACAUUACGUGGAGGUGUAUGCUGCUCGUGUUGUACUUUUGUUUUCUGUGUGGUGUGGCGGCGGAGGGCAAAGACAAAGUCAAGAAAAAGAAGGACAUUCGAGACUACAAUGAUGCGGACAUGGCGCGGCUCCUCGAGCAGUGGGAGGAAGAUGAUGACAUUGAAGAGGGGGACCUUCCCGAGCACAAACGGUCUCCUCCUCCCAUUGAUUUUUCGAACGUGGACCCCUCCAAGCCAGAGGAGCUACUGAAGAUGUCGAAGAAAGGCCGGACCCUGAUGGUAUUUGCUACUGUCUCUGGAGAUCCCACCGAGAAGGAAACGGAGGAGAUAACAGGCCUGUGGCAGGGCAGCCUUUUUAACGCCAACUUUGACAUUCAGAGGUUCGUGGUGGGCUCAAACCGGGUGAUCUUUAUGCUGCGGGACGGUAGCAUGGCCUGGGAAGUUAAGGAUUUCCUUGUCGCCCAGGACCGUUGUGCAGAUGUAACUGUGGAGGGACAAGUAUUUCCAGGGAAAGCAACCAGUAAGGAUGACUCCAAAAACAAGCCGCAGAAUGAAAUCAAAACCAAGAAAAAAGGUAAGAAGGCAGAGGGCAAGAAGCCAGAUGUGAGGGGAAACAGUGCUGGUGAUCUGAAACAGGAGCUGUGACACUGCUGAGGAAGGGGACGUGAUGAGUCCCAGGGUAUUGCUCUGCUGCCCUUUGGUACAUCUGCUCUGUGAGCACCAAGAACACAAUGAACUGCUGAACCUAAAACAUUAUGUGAAUGAACCAAUCAGUCCCAUGUGAAAUAUUAAGUUUGAAGAUUAAACUGGAAUCACCUCUCUGAUUCUGUUGGCAUCCCCACCCCCUUACAGAGGAGUGAUGUGUAUAGAUGAUUAUCAGCACAUUCUGGUUGAUCUCUGCAGCUCUAACACUCGAAUUGGAACCAAUGAUAAACAGCCAAUCACAUAUUUUUGUAAGGUACACAAGUAAGCAUUAUUAAGAUUUAGUUUUUUCAUUUUUUGGUGCACAGGCCCACUCUGUUCUUCAUGAUUUGAUGUGAAAGUGAUAAAGAGCACCCACAUGUUUUUUGUUCAUCAAAAAUGGAAAUAAAGAUUUUUUUAAAUGAUUA